CUGACCCUGCCGCCGGUUUCUUCGGAGAUUGGGAAGCCGGCGAGGGAAGUGCUGCCUGCGGCAGCUGCAGCGGCGGCGGUUCAGUCUGGUGAGAGGAAGUUCAGAGGAGUGAGGAGGCGACCGUGGGGUAAAUGGGCUGCCGAGAUUCGGGAUCCAGCGAAGAGGGUUCGGCUCUGGCUGGGAACCUACGAUACCGCGGAGGAGGCGGCGAUGGUCUAUGACAACGUCGCGAUUAAGCUCCAGGGACCGGACGCACAGACGAAUUUCGUCAAUCCGCGUGAGAAAGAUGAAGAAGUGGAGAUCAAUAGGCCGGAGGUUAAAGUUAGCUCGACUUCAGGGUACAACUCCGGCGACGAAUCACACAACAACAACCUCGCAUCCCCCACCUCUGUUCUCCGAUUCAGAACCCAACAAUCCGCUUCAGAGUCCUCCGAGCCGGAAACUUCUCAGUUGACCCUGCUGGGGUUUCGGAAUAGAGAGACAGUGAGAGGGAUGAAGAAGGGUUGUGGAAGGCGAUCGAUUUUAGUCAGGAAGAAGAAGACGGAGAAGGAAUCGACACAACGGCUGGGAAAAAGCAAAGGAGCAAUCGACUCACAGCGGCGGGUCGUGCCUCUGCAUCAACUCACGCUGACGAGCUCACGCCGGCCGUUUCCAGUGCUCCCCGUCGGGUACCACCGGUACCAAAUCCCUCCUAUUGUCGUCAACGAUCAGCAUCACCACCCCCAGGCCCGAAUUCAAGAAUCUAAUGAAUUUGGGAGGAAGAACUAG